GUUUUCAUCUAGAGUAAUAGAAGCCGUGACAUCUUCAAUUAUCUGCAAUUACGUUGCAAACAUAAAUAGAAUUAUCGGAAAAGACUUACUUCAUGGGAGAUUCACGCACCGUUUCGAUAACGAAGUGCGACGACCAAUCUUGCUAUCUUCCUUUCCGAAGCUCUCUUCUACUCACUCUUUCGGCUGGGUUCAUUCUGUCACCAUAUCCUAAGAUUCAUCUGCCUAGGUUCAGUAUACCUCCACCAAAAAAUGCUCUCAAACUGAGGCCACCUCUAAUGUUAACUCACCUAAAUAUUAGAUUGAAGCCAAUUGAUGACGGCUAUCAAAAGAUUUCCUAUGUCUGUUACUGUCUAUCAUUACAGAAAGAUCUCUUUGAACGCACUUGCAGUGUUUGCGGUUUAUAUUUAUCCACGAAUGAAAGUGCAGGAAAUCACACAAAAAUAAUGCCUAAGAAAGAAAGUCAUCGUUACCCUAAACUCAACACUCUAUUUGUCGUGACAAGAAACUAUUAGAAACUUAUGUGGAUUAUUGAACGAAAUCAUCCCAAGGCAACAACGGCCGAGUGGCGACAUGAAAAUGACGUAGAUGUUCCCUCAAAUUUAAUUGAAGAUUUUUAGGCUACUCUAUCCAUUUUGGUAAUCAAAAGUAUUCCAGAGUGACUCGCUUGACUUUGAAAACAAGAUGAUCUUUAAAAUUUAAAAGCAAUAAUAAUAUUAAUUAAAUAUCAAAAUUCAUAGCCAA